CAUCGCGGCUUUUCACGCAUCUUCCGAACGACAACGCCUUCAAUUGCAUCGCCAAUCACCCAUACCAAUCUCAUCCACCCCUCGAGAAACAACACAACCCCGCCUUCACAAUGUCUUGGUUCGGUGUCACUCCUCUCAAGAAGUUCCCUGCGCCCGUUCUGCGGCCCAUGGCUCCUUUCUUCGCUGCCGGCCUGGUUAUCAUCUACGGUGUCAACGCCGCCCAGAACUCCAUGAUGGCCUCCGACGAGUGGAAGAACGACCCCCGCAACCCCAACGCCGGCAAGAAGCCUGCUCACUAAGCCUGGGCCUGGCGGUGGAAUGAUCGAUUUGAAGGAUGGCGAAACUCAUUGGCCGACGCACCAUGCAUUAUAGAGACCCCGAACCGACCGAGGCCCAUCUGUAUCAUAGAGGCAGCUUCGUGAAUUGAAAGUUGCAACAACA